AUGUCCCCCAAGGCCGACUCCUCCUCCGACGACCGCAGGGCAUCCUCCGCCAGCCCGCCCUACCCCCCGCCGCCCGCCCGCCGCACGUCCUCCAAGCCCAAGUCCGCCAGGCAGCAGUUCUCGGCGUGCGGCGCCUGUCGCAUGCGCAGGGUGCGAUGCGACCUCAAGGACCUCCAGGCCGCGGCCCUCGACGGACAGCUCAUCGCGUGCUCAAACUGCAGAGAGCGGGGUCUCAAAUGCGUAGACGAGUUUGCCCAGGUCAAGGCAGUCAAGCUCCUCCGCAGAGGCAGACGCCUCCAGCAGGUAGAGGCCGUGUACGGCAAGGUGCAGCAGAGCGACUCGCAUCCCAUGAACCUCCUCGCGGGACACACCAUCGCCGUCUCACAGACGUCCCUGUGCGCGAUCCCCAAGCUGAAGCCCGAGUUCUUCAGCUCGCCCUUCUUCAGAGCGUUCAGCAUGCAGCGACCCAUUCUGGAUCCCUUGGAAUUCACUUCGCGGUACUUCGAGUACAGCAAAGGCAACCCAGAUGCAUUGGGAACCGCUGGUCAGCUCAUCGCCAUGGUCCUCGUGGUGUGGGCAAACAGCUUCGGCCUUGAUGAAGCCGGCAACCCUAUGGAGUCUGAAGCACCUCUCUUGUCCCCCUCCCUUCCUCACGCCACCAACAAUUCGGCAUCCGCAUCUGGACAUGCCUCUGAGCGCUCGUCAGCGUCCCCUGGAGCUGAAGCCCCGGGUGGCAACUUGUAUCUCAACACCGACGACCUCUCGCUUCGCGGUAUCGAGCAACGAUAUGACGCUAUACGAAGGAGGAAGGACAGGACGAACGACAUGCUCCGAGAGAUCCUGAGAUUAAUCGACGUAUGUGGUAUACUGCGGAAACCGUCUUGGGACGGCGUCAGGGUCCUGCUGCUUGUAUUACCACUGACCGUCGAUAUGCAGCCCCCCAUGGAACGCCUCACGAUGUACGAGUCAACCCUCAGCCAGAUAUACACCCUGUGCAGUCUCUCGCCACCUGCUCCGGUACACAGUGGCCAGGGUGAAUAUAUCGACGCUCUAGUCCGGGCGCGAAUAUUCUGGUACGCCUACGCGCACGAGGGCAUUACGACUGGGCUGAAAGGCGGACGACUGUACCUAUCGGAAGAUGACCUCGAUGCGUUUCAAGCGACGCUGCCGCCCCUCCCGCUGUCCACUCACUCCCCGUCCUCCACGCCCCAUUCGCCGACCAUGCCGUCUCCUCCACCACUCACCCGCACCUCGCUGACCUACACCGUCCACUAUCACUACGGCGCCGUGCCUCUACGGGUGUCCAACGCGUGCCGCCUUGUGCAUGCAGCUCUAACUGGUCCUAGGGCCCGACAACGAGGCGAGAUAGACGAGAGUUCGGUGCGGGAGGCAUGGGAGAUGCUCGACACUGCAUGGGAGGAGCUCGAGACGCUCAAGUCCCCUACCGCAGGCUCCAUGGGUGUCCUGUCCAGAGAUGAAGUGCUUCGGUUUGUGUAUGGAUGGCAGAUAUACAUAUUCGAGUGUCACAAUGUUAUUCGCGAAGCGCUGAAGCAGCGUCUCGUUGCACUGUCAUCCUCGUCCUCCGGCAGUGGAUACCCAUCCUCCUCAUCACUCCAAUACGACAAGGCUGGACGUCUACACACACUCGCGACCCAGAAGUGCCAUUAUUUAGUGCGGAGCGUAGUCCAAAUUAUGAAGAACAACCUGGGCACGACGUUCUUCGAAUACGACGCUGGGAUCGUCCGAGACGGGUGCUUCUUUGCCGGGUUCAUCAUGGCUGGAGAAGGACAGGGAUCUGACGAGGACGUCGAGGUUUGCUUGCGAGCUCUCAAGGAAAUGCGAUGGGCCCUCUGCAAGAGCGAGGAGCGCGAACAGAAUGUCAAGCUGGUCUGGGAGGGCAAACAGGCUAGGGCUGGACUGCCCUCGGCUCAGCAACUCUUCGAGUCUUCGCGCACCGCUUUCGGGUCUGCUCCCCAAUCCCCGUUUGGCAGCCCGCCGUAUGCGUUGUAUACCGCGAAUGGGGUCCCCCCCCAGCUCCCGAGUAUACAAGCGGUCUCUUCCAUGCCUCCGUCACCUGGCCAUCGGUUCCGCCAAUCCUCUGCUACUAGUGCUGAUGGCAGCUGGCCGAUCCCAGCUUCCAAUCGCAGUGACACUUCUUCUCCCCGCCCGAUGUCUUCGCACUCUUCCUUCCUCUCGUCAUCCAGCCAGACCCUGACGGGGUCGUCUGUCAGUCUAUCGGAUGGGGUUUCCGGCAUGGCGAGCAUGUCAAUUCCGCGCUCCACCGCGUAUUACUCUCGGGCCGGCGACGUAGGCAGCCAGAGUCACCAGCUGUACUACCCGUCCAACGACCUCAGCCAGUACAACUAUACCGCAUCCUCGGGCUCCUCGACACUCCCGUCUCGACACCCAGCAUCCGUCCUUACAACGCCCGCGGGUGGCUCCUCUGGACCACUUUCGACGACGGCCGGGGUGUACCAGCAACAUCAAAAUAGAUACUUUGACCCUACCGCCGCGCCGCCUGUCUACUCUUCCUCCGCGACCUCCUUCCCCGACGUCUGGCAGUGA